GCUCUCCGCCGCCGAGCCUGCCUCCCCGCCGCCAUGCUUUCCACCCGCGUCCCGCUCGCUCCCAUCGGGGACAAGCAGCUGCGGGUCUCGCCGCUGAAGAGGCUCAGCCUGGCCGACAAAGAGAACACGCCCCCGGGCCUGAACGGGACCCGCGUCCUGGCCAGCAAGACCGCGAGGAGGAUCUUCCAGGAGCCCGAGGAGCCGAAAACUAAAGUACCCAUCCUGGAGGAUGAACCACUGCUGAGAGAAAACCCCCGCCGCUUUGUCAUCUUUCCUAUUGAAUACCAUGAUAUUUGGCAAAUGUAUAAGAAAGCUGAGGCUUCCUUCUGGACGGCCGAGGAGGUGGAUCUUUCCAAAGACAUUCAGCACUGGGAAGCCCUGAAGCCUGCGGAGAAAUAUUUCAUAUCACAUGUUCUGGCUUUUUUUGCAGCAAGUGAUGGCAUAGUCAAUGAAAACUUGGUGGAGCGAUUUAGCCAAGAAGUUCAGAUUACAGAAGCUCGCUGUUUCUAUGGCUUCCAAAUUGCCAUGGAAAACAUACAUUCUGAAAUGUAUAGUCUCCUCAUUGAUACUUACAUUAAAGAUUCCAAAGAAAGGGAAUAUCUCUUCAAUGCCAUUGAAACGAUGCCUUGUGUCAAGAAGAAGGCAGAUUGGGCCUUGCGUUGGAUUGGGGACAAAGAGGCUACCUAUGGAGAACGUGUUGUAGCCUUUGCUGCAGUGGAAGGCAUCUUCUUUUCUGGUUCUUUUGCAUCGAUAUUCUGGCUCAAGAAACGAGGACUGAUGCCCGGCCUCACAUUUUCCAAUGAACUUAUUAGCAGAGAUGAGGGUUUACACUGUGACUUUGCCUGCCUGAUGUUCAAACACCUGGUACAUAAACCGUCGGAGCACAGAGUAAAAGAAAUAAUUAUCAAUGCUGUUAGGAUAGAGCAGGAGUUCCUCACCGAGGCCUUGCCUGUGAAGCUCAUUGGGAUGAAUUGCACGUUAAUGGAGCAGUACAUUGAGUUUGUGGCAGACAGACUUAUGCUGGAACUGGGUUUCAACAAGGUAUUCAGAGUAGAAAAUCCAUUUGACUUUAUGGAGAAUAUUUCACUGCAAGGAAAGACUAACUUCUUUGAGAAGAGAGUAGGCGAAUAUCAGAGGAUGGGAGUGAUGUCAAGUCCAACAGAGAAUUCUUUUACCUUGGAUGCUGACUUCUAAAUGAACUGGAGAUGUGCCCUUAAUUUUGCUGAUUUUUCCUUCUCAUCAAAAAAAAAUCAGCUGAAGUGUAUUAACCAGCUACACUCUGAAUUAUCCAAAAUAUUCGUUAACACCAUCUUUAAAGCUGUGUAGCUACCUCAAAAUCAGUCCUGUUUAUUAAUAAUGCUAGUAGUAGCACUUAGAAGGAAAGAGUGUUAUAAGGUAAAAGUUGUCCGUUUUCGCAGGCUACAACUUCACCAUAACAGUAAGAGCGGCAACCUUGUCCUUAAAUUGUGGAGACCUUAGUGAGUGUGGCCCAGCAGGAUUAAACAUUCACUUAUGCCACAAGGCAGUUGACAGAUGCAGCCUCCCUGCUUCAGAGCAUGUUUUAAAGUUUACUUGUUUGUGUAUAAAACUCGCACUUUCUCAAAGAGUAACAUUGUUCGUAUUGUCAGGUCUAGCCUGAUUUAUUUGGUUUUUACCCCAAAUACAAAGUAUUCUGUUUACUACUAAUAAGAGCCAAUUUGAAAUUUACCAAGUUACUAUUAAAUAAGUUAAACUUGUGUAGACUAAGCAUGCGAUUUCUAAGCUUUAUUUUCUUUAAUGAAUUGAAAUACUCUUUAAGCGACUUUAAAGUCAAUCCUGGGCGUACCUAGGUAUUAGUCUCUUGGUGCUACAUAGAAGACAAGGUUGUGUUUUUUAUCCUGUAGCCUCGGUGGAGUGUUGUAGGAUAAGAGAUAAAGGGUCAUCUUUUAGGGCAAGGAUCUUCUAAUCUAAAUCAUUAGGAAUGAUGGUCUGGGCUGACUGCUAGGGGCCUCGGGUUUUAAUAUAUAUGA